GGGGGACUCUGAGGAUCCAAGGGUCGGCUCCUGACAUGCAGCCUACACCCCAUUUCCAUUAGCUGGUUUUGCUUUCACCUGGCGGCCCAUUUUGCUCUCAGGCUUCGCUGCACUUUGCAGAAGUGUCAGCCACCGCUCAGCGCCGUGCUGGGGGCUCUCUCCCCACCCCUGUGAUGCUGAGUUGGCUUCCUGGAGACUGCAACCACAAGCCAGCAAACAAGAACGAGAGAUUGUGUGGGAGCCACACACCAGACAGAGAGCAAGCGAAAGAGCCCGGACUCGGCCCUGGCUUCCCAGCCCGCAAUGCGAUCGCGCCAGUGACAGCGAUGGACGUGCUGUGGGCAUCCCUGAUGGCUCUUUCCUUGACGGCGCCCAGACAAGUCCAGGCAAAGACGACGUCUCCUGCUGUCCCCUGGAACAGCACACCUGGCAGUCACGAGAACACGUCUGCAGAGCCAGGCCCCUCAGGAGAGGGAUCCGUUCGUUUGCUGAAUGGCAGCAACCCCUGCAGUGGCUCCGUGGAGGUCCAUUACUUUGGGCAGUGGAUACCAGUCUGCCAGGAAAUGUGGGACAUGGAAGCCUCCCACGUGGUCUGCAGACAGCUGCAUUGUGGGGAGGCAAAGGAAGCAGUAGCCACCCCCACCCCCAGCCUUGUGUGCCCACCCAGGUCAGCGCGCAUAAAGGAAACCACCCCAUCUUCUCAGAGCCUCUGCCCGUCCCUGCACAUCCGCUGCACGGGGCUGGAGAGCACCUGGGAGCAGUGCAACAUGUCACUUGCAGAGCAAUGCUGCGGUGGGAGGCCGGCCAGCGUCACCUGCACAGGUUCCCACUCCGUGCGCCUAGUUGGCGGGGACAGCUGCUGUGAGGGCCUGGUGGAGGUCGAGGAGGCUGGUGACUGGGGCACAGUGUGCGAUGAUGCCUGGGACCUGGAUGACGCCAGCGUGGUGUGUCAGCAGCUGAGGUGUGGCUGGGCCGUUGAGGCGACAGUGGCCUCCUCCUUCCAGAAAGGGACAGGCCCCAUCCACCUGGACGAGGUGGGCUGUGCAGGGAAUGAAGCCCACCUGUGGGACUGUCCAGCCAACAGGACCCAUGACUGCGGCCAUAAGGAAGAUGCUGGUGUGGUGUGCUCAGAGCACCAGAAGUGGCGCCUGUCGGGCAGCUGUGCUGGCCGCGUAGAAGCCUUUUACCAGGGUGUGUGGAACACAGUGUGUGACGGGACCUGGUACAAGGAGGAGAUGGACGUGCUGUGCCAGUGGCUGGGAUGCGGCCCCUCUUUGGACAAACUGAGCUUCAAUCACACACACCAUGGCAGGAUGAACUACCAGUGCAAGGGGGGCGAGGCCUCGCUCUCCUGGUGCCGAUGGCACUACAACAACUUGAACCUGUGCCACCAGUCCCAGGCCGCCGGCGUGGUCUGCAAUGGCUCACUGGGCUUGCUGAACAUGUCAGACGUGCCCUCCAUGGGGAUGACGACUCCAGCCAACACCCAGGACGGGAAAGGCACUGCUAGACCACUAUGCUGGGAAGCCACAUUCCUCUCGAACCAGACUCUCCUUCUCCUCUGUGUGGUCCUGGGCUUUCUCCUCUUGGUCGCCGUGCUGGCCUUCACCACCGUUCUCCUGAGGAUGAGGAAGCAACACGCUCACACCGUGUCCUCGUCCUCGUCAGCCGCCCCAGUCCUGAUGAAUCACAGCGCACAGGGCCCGGAGACGGCCGUGGGGAGCUCCAAUGACUACAGGAAAGUCCCCUCCCAUCCCCCCAAGGCAGAAGAGCCGCCGGCCGUGCCCGCUCCUGGCUCCGAGGACUCCGAUUCCGACUACGAACACUAUGAUUUCAGCAGCAAGCCGCCUGUGGCGCUUUCCACCUUCUACAAUUCGCUUCGGCACCGGCCAGCGGACGAGACCCUCCCCGCAAGCGGCUUCCCCCCAGCACCUAGCCAGGAGAUGCUGAGCGAGGCCCCAGAGCCCUGGGGCCUGGCGGAGCAAAGGCCCCACGAGGGGUCCCCGGCCGAGUUCAGCUCCUCCUCCGAGAACACCUAUUACAACAGCAGCACCACCAGGCAGCCAGAGUGGAGCAACUCAGCCCCUCCUCCAGCUGGAAACCUCUUAGCACCACCCCCUCCUGCCCUGGGCAACAGUGGCUCCCAGCUCUCCUUCCAAGCAGGGGCCACCAGUGCCGACAGCUCCAGCACCUCAUCUGGGGAGUGGUAUGAGAACUACCACAGCACGGCGCACCAGGAAGCCCAGCCGGCGGACAUGUCCUCCAGCCCAGCCUGGCCAGCUCUCCUUCAGCCUUUGGGGAGCUGUGAGCCUGGGAACGACUCCUCCGAGGACAGCGAUUAUGAUGACAUCCAAGGUCUGGCCUACUAGGGCAGGGAAUCACUGCAGGUCUGUGCCUCCAGCCCUCCCUCCUGCCUCCAACACAGUGACAACACAUCCGUGGGUGACCACUGACCCUCGCACUCCUGCUCGGAAGCUGUUUGAGUAGCCCAGGCUCAGCCAGGAGCAGGGGGAGGGGGAAGGUAGGUCAGCAGGUUGCAGAAGCUGCCCCGAGUGGACCAGCAUUUCCCAAUGCAGCCCCAGAGGCUCCGGAAGGUGCUGCAUGCCUCUACCACGGAAACCCUCAGAGCCUCACUCAAGAACAUCCCCUUCCCAGGAGCCGGUGCCCAGCCAGCCCUGACCUGUCAGGCCCAUAAGUGACCUCCCCACAGCAGCUGGAGGGUGUCCAGGACUCCAUUCUCAGUGCUCAGGACAGAGGCUGGGCUCUGUUCCCAGCCGGGAAAGGUGCUUGGACAUAUGGUGAUGGGAGCAGACCCGAGAUCUAGCUGGAGCCUACGGCUGGUAAGCAAGACAUUCGAUGGCCAUCGGGAACAGCCAGAGUGCUGGGGAGCUGGCUUCGGUCCUGGGGAUGUAGAUUCCUGGCGGCAAUCACCAGUCCUGUGAUUAGCCUGCAGACAGGACUAAUCAGAGUCAGUCCACAGGGGGUAGCUCCUCCACCAGGCCUCCGGCUUCAUCCCCAGUGGGCAGAAGCAGCUGGGAGGGAGGGUCUGUUCCAUUGGGUUGCAUCCCCAGCCUUGCUGCCACCUCGCUGUUGGACUCACCCCCUCCGUGCCUCGGUUUCCCUGUUGGAGAUGGGGAUUGUGGUGCCCCAUGUGAGCCUGCAUGAACUGAACGACAAUGAGAUCCUGAGACAGAAGAGGAGCUGUGAAGAACUGUGGGUGAUGGAUGGCCAUGGAGGAUAGCACGUCUCCCCCACUCCCACCCCCAGGCAAGGAGAGCAUGGCUGAGGGCUGGUGGCAGUGCCGAGGGAUUCAGAGCUGCUGCCCAUGCUGUACCCAUCUCCCAAGCCUACACUGGAGACAAGUGGCUGCAACCUUCCACUGAGGCUUAAAUGGAAUUUAAGUGGACUUUUUCCCCUUGGAAAAUGUAGAUGAAAAUGGAGGGAAAAAUUAUUUAGUUGAGAUUUUUCUCUGAGAUCUUCCUGGAUUUGUAUUGAACAGAAUCAUUCCCCCACACACACACACACACUCACGAAACCCCCAAACCUUUCAAUGGAACCUCCGGGGGGGAAGGUUUCCCUCAGAGCCCUUUUGGCACCAGAAGAAAUGUGGCGACAGAGAUUUCCAAGCAGCUCUAGGAGUGAGACUGAGAGGCCUGGGC